AUGAUUUAUCUUGUGGGUGGCAAUGCCUUCCAGACUGGAUGCAUUCGUCCUGAUAGUAUAUGUGUUAACCCUUUCAGACAAAACAAACUAAGUACAGGGAUCCUCUCUCUCUCUCUCUCUCACUCUCACUCCCUCUCUCUCUCCCUGUGUAUUUUUAUUGCUGCUAAUAUUUUUAUCUAUCUAUCUAUCUAUCUAUCUAUCUAUCUAUCUAUCGAUCUAUCUAUCUAUCUAUCUAUCUAUCUAUCUCAUUUUCUUAUCUAUCUAUCUAUCUAUCUAUCUAUCUAUCUAUCUAUCUCAUUCUAUUUUCUAUCUAUCUAUCUUAAUUUUUUUAUUGCUAAUAUUUUUAUUUAUCUAUCUAUCUAUCUAUCUAUCUAUCUAUCUAUCUAUCUAUCACAUGUCGUAUCUAUCUAUCUCAUGUCAUUUUUAUUGCUGCUAAUAUUUUUAUCUAUCUAUCUAUCUAUCGAUCUAUCUAUCUCAGUAUAUAUUGGUUUGUUUUGUUUUGUUUUACGGCGUAUCAACCUCAAUGGGUCAUUUAAUGCCGACAAGAUUUUUAUUGCUGCUAAUAUUUUUUAUCUAUCUAUCUAUCUAUCUAUCUCAAUAUAUAUCGGCUUCCCCGUCCGGUCGCAGAAUUCGGGAGUAGUACGCAUUGGCUCUCUUGUGAGGGCCGAGUGCUUUCGACGUGCAAAGCUACUGCGUAAAAGGUGCAUCUUCUUCUUCUUCUUCUUCUUCUUCUUCUUCUUCUUCUUCUUCUUCUUCUUUGCCUUCUGUGCAGUUUUGUAUCAUCGCAUUUCUUUUUACUGCAUUUAUUUCCCUUCUUCGCAUUUUUCUAUCAUUGCCUCUUCUUUUUUGACAUCAUUUAUUUAUUCUUUUCUUCGUAUUUCUUUUCCUAUUUUUGUGUCAUUUCUUCUUCUUUCUACAUCAGUUAUUUUCCUCCUUCUUCUUUUGUCUUAUUUUUGUUACUUUUCUAUUUCAUUUCCCUUUUUUCUUUUUCUUCUUCCAUCCCUUUUUCUGCUGCGUUUAUUUCCUUCCUUCUCAGCAUUUUCUUCUUCUUCCUCCAUUUCUUCUUUUUUCUUCUUCCUCUUUUUGUAUCAUUGCUUCUUCCUUCUAUCAUUUAUUUCUUUUCUUCUUUUUCAUUAUUAUUAUUAUUAUUAUUAUUAUUGA